AUGUGCAAUCCUGAGGAGGCAGCCCUUCUGCGGCUAGAAGAGACCUUCUCAGCCACUCUUGCCCGCAUCGACAGCCUUGUCCUGCAGCCCCUGCUCUUGGCCACCCCGGAGCCCUCGGAUCCCUGGGGCAGAGAGUGCCUGCGGCUUUUGCAGCAGCUGCACCGGAGCUCCCAGAAGCUCUGGGAGGUGACGGAGGAGAGCCUGCACUCACUGCAGGAGAGGCUGAGCCACCCGGACUCCAUCGGCCUGGAGACCCUGCUGCUGCUGCGUGGUGCUGACCAUGUCCUGCAGGUCCACAUGGAGUACAUCGAGUCCUACACGAGCUGCGUGGUGGUGCAGGCCUUUCAGAAGAUAGCCAAGAGGAGGAGGAGAGAGGAUGUGCUCUGCAGCCCUGCUCACCGGCUCUUGCAAGACAGCCAGGACAUUCCAGUGACAGUCUCCCCACUGCGGGCACAGCGCGUGCUGCUGUUUGAUGACACCCUUGUCCUGCUGCAGGGCCACCAUGUCCACACCUUUGAUCUGAAGCUGGUGUGGGUAGAUCCUGGGCAGGACGGGUGCACGUUUCAAGUUCUCACGCCUGAAGAAGAGUUCUCCUUUUGUGCCAAGGACCCCCAGGGCCGGGUGGUCUGGCAGUGGAAGGUGACCCAAGCCGUGAGCCAAGCCCUGCGUGGGAAGAAGGACUUCUCAGUGCUGGGGGCUGGCCCGGAGCCGCCCGAGCUCCCCGCCUGCCGCUGCGUACAGUACACCUUCCGCAUGGAGGGCCGGCUCUGCCAGGCCACCUACGAGGGCGAGUGGUGCCGGGGCAGGCCCCAUGGCAAGGGUAUCCUGAAGUGGCCGGACGGGCGGAAUCAUGUGGGGAAUUUCUGCCAUGGCCUGGAGCAUGGCUUUGGCAUCCGCCUGGUGCCCCAGGCCGCUGAGGACAAGUUCGAGUGUUACAAGUGCCACUGGUGGGAAGGCAACAUGUGUGGCUAUGGCGUCUGUGAGUACAGCACUGAUGAGGUGUACAAGGGCUACUUCCAGGAAGGCCUGCGGCAUGGGUUUGGUGUCCUUGAGAGCGCCCUGCAGGCCCCCCAGCCCUACAAGUACACGGGCCACUGGGAGCGGGGUCAGAGGAGCGGCUAUGGCAUCGGGGAGGAUGGAGACAGGGGCGAGCGCUAUAUCGGCAUGUGGCAGGCUGACCAGCGCCAUGGCCUGGGGGUCGUGGUUACCCAGGCAGGCGUCUGUUACCAAGGCUCCUUCCAGGCGGACAAGAUAGUGGGCCCAGGGGUCCUCCUCUCUGAAGACGACUCCCUCUAUGAGGGCACCUUUACCAGGGACCUGAACCUCGUGGGGAAGGGCAAGGUCACUUUCCCCAAUGGCUUCACCCUGGAGGGCUCCUUCAGCAAUGGGGCAGGGAGAGGACUGCAGAUACAGGGCGUGCUGGACACAGCUGCCCUCCCACCGGACCCAAGCAGCAUCCGUAAGCGGCAGCUGGGCCUGGGCGCCUUCCCUGUGGAGAGCCGUUGGCAGGGCGUCUACGGCCCUUUCCGGGACUUUGUGCGCGCCAGCUGCCCCGGGGACCUGCAGGAGGCCCUGCUGGGCUUCCACACCCAGAGCUCCAGGGAGUUGCGCAAGUCUCAGGAGUACCUGUGCUGCCAGAGGACCCACCCUAAGGACAGCAAGAGCAGUAUUGAAGACAUCUUGGAGGAGCUAUUGCGGCACCGGGACCCCAAGGCCCUUCAGCCAUACCUCAGGAAGGCUCUGAGCAACUCGCUGCACCCCCUGGGAAAGCUGCUCCGCACACUGAUGCUGACCUUUCAGGCCACGUACACGGGUGUUGGGGCCAACAAGCACUUGCAGGACUUGGCCCAGGAGGAGGUGAAGCAGCACGCCCAGGAACUCUGGGCUGCCUACAAGGGUCUGCUGCAGGUUGCCUUACAGCGAAAGGGUCAGGCCCUGGAGGAGGAGGAGGAUGCAGAAACCAGGGCCCUGUGGGUACAUGGACUGGUGCUGCCUCUCAUUCUGCCCAGCUUCUACCCAGAGCUCUUCACUCUCUACCUGCUUCUUCAUGAGAAGGAGGACAGUCUCUACAGCCAGGGCAUCACCAACCUGAGCCUGUUCCCCGACACCAAGCUGCUGGAGUUCCUGGAUGUGCAGAAGCACCUGUGGCCCCUCAAGGACCUUACACUGACAACCAAUCAGAGACACUCCCUGGUCAGGGACAAGUGCUUCCUGUCAGCCACUGAGUGCCUGCAGAAGAUCGUCACCACGGUGGACCCGCGGGAGAAGCUGGAGGUGCUGGAGAGGACAUAUGGGGAAAUUGAGGCCACUGUGUCGCGGGUGCUUGGCCGGGAGCACAAGCUGCCCAUGGACGACCUGCUGCCGCUGCUCAUCUACGUGGUGUCCCGGGCCCGAAUCCAGCAUCUGGGAGCUGAGAUCCACCUGAUUCGGGACAUGAUGGACCCUAUGAGCACGGGAGGUCUGUACGACUUCCUGCUCACGGCCCUGGAGUCCUGCUAUGAGCAUAUCCAGAAGGAAGACAUGAGGCUGUACCGCUUGCCCAGCCGCUGGGGCUCCAGGGAUCGCUGGUAG